UUUCAUACAUCAUGAUUCACUAGAGUGAUCAACUAAGUUAGCAUUUGAAGAAUCAUCAUCAUUCAAUUCAACCAUGGAUAUCAUCUCCUUCCUUUACUAUUCUCUCUUCUACGUAGCUUUGUUUGCCAUAAUCAAACUCUUCCUCGGCUCAAGAAAGUUCAAAAACCUCCCUCCCGGUCCAACCUCACUUCCCAUAAUUGGCAACCUUCACCACCUCAAACGCCCCCUCCACCGCACCUUCAGGGCGCUGUCUGAGAAGUAUGGCGACGUCUUCUCCCUAUGGUUCGGAAACCGUCUUGUGGUGGUGGUCUCCUCCUUCGCCGAUGUCCAGGAAUGCUUCACCAAAAACGACGUGGUGCUUGCGAACCGGCCACGCUUCCUCUCUGGAAAGUACAUCUUCUACAACUACACCACCUUAGGUUCCACCUCCUACGGUGAGCACUGGCGUAACCUCCGCCGCAUCACCUCCUUGGAUGUCCUCUCCAACCACCGCAUCAACAGCUUCUCCCCGAUCCGCCGCGAUGAAACCACACGGCUGAUUAGGAAGCUGGCUGAGGACUCUGCUAAGAACUUCUCCGAAGUGGAGCUCACCUCAAGGUUCUUCGACAUGACCUUCAACAACAUCAUGAGGAUGAUCUCCGGGAAGAGGUACUAUGGAGAGGAUUGUGACAUGACCGAGCUUCAGGAGGCGAGCGAGUUCAGGGACAUGGUGACCGAGUUGCUGCAGUUGUCCGGGGCGAAUAACAAGGCCGAUUUCAUGCCUAUUCUCAGGCUUGUUGAUUUUGAAGGGUUGGAGAAGAGGGUGAAAGGGAUUAGUUCCAAAACUGAUAGGUUCUUGAGAGGACUCCUUCAAGAGCACCGUGACAAGAAGCAGCGUACAGCAAAUACCAUGAUUGAUCAUCUCCUAACUCUGCAAGAGUCACAGCCUGAAUACUAUACUGAUCAAAUCAUCAAAGGCCUUGCUUUGGCCAUGCUUCUUGCUGGAACCGAUUCAUCAGCUGUCACCUUAGAAUGGUCAAUGUGCAACGUACUUAACUAUCCAGAGGUAUUGGAGAAGAUAAAGGCUGAGUUGGACACUCAUGUUGGCCAAGACCGCUUGGUAGAUGAGUCAGACAUUCCAAAACUCACUUACCUUAAAAAUGUUAUCAAUGAGACACUUCGGCUAUACACCCCAGCACCGCUGCUAUUACCACACUCCGCUUCAGAUGAUUGCACUAUUGGUGGCUACAAAGUCCCACGUGACACAAUAGUGUUGAUUAAUGCUUGGGCCCUUCAUAGGGACCCACAAUUGUGGACUGAAGCCACAACUUUCAAGCCAGAGAGGUUUGAUAAGAAGGGAGAGUUGGAGAAGUUGAUUCCAUUUGGGUUAGGAAGAAGGGCGUGCCCCGGAGAGCUCUUGGCGAUUCGUGCAAUCAGCAUGACUCUAGCGUUGUUGAUUCAGUGCUUUGAUUGGAAACGUGUGAGUGAUGAAGAGAUUGAUAUGGGCGAGCGAGAUGGGUUUGUCUUGAUGAAGUCUAUUCCUGUGAAGGCUAUGUGUAAAUCACGCCCAGUCAUAAACAAUGUUUUCAAGUAGUUCUUCUCUUCAGUGUUGCACUGAUUUUGAAUCGGGGACAUGUUGGUUGGGUGAGAUUCUUCGAACCAAUAAAACCACUCUGGAAACUGGUUUUCAAGUAGUUCUUCAUGAUCAAAGUAGAAUUUGUGAAGUUAUAUUCAUACUCGAGUUUUAUGUUUGUAAUUUUUCUAAUGUGUUAAGGUAGUACACAUGAAUAUGCACGAGUACUAUGCAUGCUCAAAUAAGUGCAUACAAGGGUCAUGUAGGUGUACUUAUAGUAUGCACGAUGUAUCAUUCUAUGAGAUAUUUGUUUACAGCAAUAAUGUUUUCUGAAAUAAAUUUCCUUGAUUCUUAUUA